UUUAUAGUUUCAGAUAAUGAAGUUCCUUCCUUUCAUUCUUAUUUUCUUAAUCUCCAUAUUUCCUCUACACUUUUGUGAAGAAAACUUUUUAGUAACCCAAAUCCAACAUAAUCCUGGAAUUUAUUUUGAGAAAAUGGCCAAUGUUCAGUUCUAUAGCAAUGAGUGGAAAUUAAUAACACAUGUAGAUAUUAAACAAUAUCUUGACAAUUUCGAAAGACUUGUUAAUUUUAACGAUAGAACAAUCUCUAUGUGCAAUAAAUUAAAAGACUACGUCACCUCUACUUGCAGCCAAUAUUUAGCAGUAACUCGAGAAAUCAUACAGAAAAUAAAAGCUCAAACUAUUCUUGUUCAAGAUCUUGUCGGAUCUAAUAAUUUACCUCUCCGGAAAAGACGUGGAUUAUUUGAUAUAAUUGGUAAAGCCGAGAAAAUACUUUUCGGAACUCCUGACGCGGAUGAUGCCUUGUAUUAUGACAAAACCAUUUCAGAAAUUUCCGAAAAUGAACGUAAAAUGCAUAACUUACUUGUUAAACAAACAUCCGUAGUUCAAGGUACCGUUCAUUCCAUUAAUCAAACAAUUAGUAAUGUUGUACAUAACGAAGCCUUGGUGCAGAAAAAUCUUGACGAACUUGCAGAUUCUUAUAAAUUAAUGUAUUCUGAAGUUUCAAACGUUAGGACGAAUAUAGAUAUAGAAGUUAAAUUUUUAGAACAUGUCAAUAUUUUAACAUCCAUAAUUAACCAAUAUCAGAUUGAUAUUCAAAACUUAAUAAAUGCGCUUAUUGUAGCCAGAGUGGGUCAGAUACAUCCUUCUAUCCUUAGCCCUAACCAGUUAAUCGCAGUAAUCAAAAAGCUCUUUCCUACCUUUCCCCGCGACUACACUAUCCUGUUUUUCUAUCAACGGAAAAUAGUCAUCUUCUUCACAAGCUAA